UCUGACUGCUCUGACGUGACUGCAACUACGUGAUCUUUAAGGAAACAUUUUAGAUUUAGCAAAUUGUUCCUUUAGAGCUCAUGGCUGAAGCAAAGUUGACCAACUCCAUGGAACUUCAUAAGAUAACUAAGCCGUGUAUCAAUUUGUCAUCAACAGAUGAUGAUGAUGAUGAUGAUGAUAGGGAUCAAGAAUACUGUGUUUUUAGGAUACCUAGAGGCCUUUUUGACCCUAAGGACCUUGUUGGCUGUGAGAUAGAGUUUGGAGGCAGGAAGCCUUCUAAGCUCAAUAUUCAAGGGAAACGUUAUGAUAUUACAAUGAGGCCUUUCCAUGAGAAUCCAAUCAUUCCAUGGCUUCCUGGCCAAAAUGGAUCACUUAUUCCUGUGAAUUCGGAGUCCUCAAUCCUGGGGGAAGUGCAGGCCAGACUUCAUCUCCCAAAGUGGAAUGUUUGCAAACAAGAACAUGAUCUUGACUACCUCAGACCAGCUGAGCACACACCACCAGAUCUGCCUGCCAGAGACUUUUUCUCUGGCUACAGCUCAACUUUUGUUCAAGCUGCAUCAUCGAAGGUGAGGUCCCGAGAAGGAAACUCGCCGUUGCCCCAGCAAGGAGUCAAAAGAGGUCGUCACAGCAUAGAGGAGCUAACUCCUCAAGACCAGCUCAGCAGACCUACGAAAAAGAGGAAAGGCGAUCCACUCGUAGCAAAUUUCAGGAACGUCUUCAAUAAUAUUUGUAGUUCACCAGGUGAUACAGAUGAGAAAAAAGAUGAUGCCACUCAUUCUCAUUCUGAAAAGAAGAAGAAAAAGUCACGAAAAUCUGGAGUUGAUCGUAUGAUUACAGAAGAAGUAGCAAAUAAUAAUGGAACGUACAAUUGCGACGCAAGUGGUUGGUCACUAGAUACGAAUAGUGAUACUACAAACUCAAAAAACUUAUCUCACGAUUCUGAUGAAAUUGCGGCAACCAAAAGACAAAAAUCGAGUCCUGCUCAGUCGCCUCUUGAGAAUCACAGUAAAAAGAAAAAGAAACGUGAUAGUCACUAGACAAGGAGUCUAAUAUGCCUCAUAAACUUCAGCACGCUUGUAUACUGCGGUAAUCACAGUGAGAUAAAUAUCCUCCCCAUGGCCUCAGUUGACACUUAUUGUUACCAAAUUAUUAAUUAUGAUCACAUUGAAUGGGUGCGGUCGUCAUGACAAUGCUAUUUGAUAAUGUUUUUCUUCCCUGUUGAUUAAUAUCAAACUCAGGCGUAAAAAAUUUGUGGACUGCUAACGAUUGCUUUUUAUUCCUAACUCGGCAAGGAAUAUUCAUUCACUCAACUCUCUUUCCCCGAAUAUAUUGUACUGGCUGUUGAAAGUAAAGCUGGCAUAACCAA